ACACGUUAUAAAUUUAUAGUGCAGUGUGCACAAAAAUACAGCCGACCUUAGGAAAAAAGUAUGGAAGAUUCAGUUCGAUAAAGUUUUUUUCAGGCAUACAAAUGGAAGAUCACACUGAUUUUGGACACUUUUCUCUGUCGUUGAAUGCUUCACAAGUUCAGUCAGAAGCCACUUUAUCACACACCAUUGCUAAAGUAAAGUCUCUUCUAGAUGAUUACGUAGAUGGAUUCUCUGCAAACGCUAUUCGGAAUCUUGUUGGUGUCUUUUACUUUUAUAACAAGGCCCCAGAAGAAUCACUGAAGUAUUUUCAAGAUGUGCUACACAAUGAUACAGACAAUCUUAAUGCACUUGCUAAUCAGGUCUUUGUGUAUAAAAGAUUGUUUCGAACAAGAAAAGCAGAAGAAACAUACAGAAAAUUGGAAGAGAUUAUUAGUUCUAAGAAUGGUGUUGCUGCCGCAGUUCAAAAAGCAGAAUGUGGCUUUGCAUAUCUCUUUGAUUGCUACAUUAACAAUGUAAGACCCCGAUGGGAUAGAUGUUCAUCGACAUUUGAAGAAGCAUUGAACGAACUUGAAUCUCUGAAAGAUAUUGAGAAGAGAAUAAAGUUAGAAAUUAAGUUUUGGACCAUGCAGAGCUAUCAGAAGAGAUAUGAAACGGAUGUUAGGGACCAAAUUAAGCACCAAGAAACAUUUAAUAAAGCCGUGAAGAUUAUCAAUCAGAUCACAGAGGAGUUGGGCACUGACGAAAUGAAAGAUUGUAGAAACACAAAGACUGUAAUAAAUGUUGCCGCAGUUUCACAAGCAUAUUUAGGGACAUUCUUCUUCAAAAAACCAGACACGAAGUGGAAUGAGAGAGGACUAACUGAAGUUGAUGAAACUAAAAUACCAUCAGUUAUAGAGGAGACUGGGAGAAUAGAAGAAUUCAAAGACCCCAGGAUCUGCUUUAAAAAGGCUUUGGAAGUAAAUCCAAACAAUCGUGAAGUAAGAAUUCGUUAUGCUAACUAUCUUAGAGACAUACGAAUGGAAAAAGAAGAAGCAACCGAAAACAACCGAAAGCGCCUCGAUGAAGCACUCGAGCAUGUGAAUCAUUCUCUGUCGUUAGACGAUUCGGAAUCCAAUUGGUUUGGUAGGUUUACAAAGGCGAGUAUAUAUUUCAGUAAAUAUCAACUUUUCAAGAGCAAAAAUGAUUUAGAAACCGCCAUAAGUGAUUGGGAAAUCGCAGAUUCAUUUCACCAUACUUCUAGAAUUUAUAGCCAGCUAGCAAAUGCUUACCGAUUGAUGGCACUGAAAGAUGGCAGUGACACAGAGCUUGAUCUGGACAAAGAUGAAUAUAUAACCAAAGCAUGUGUAUACUUUUGGAAGUCAGUGCAAAUGUUGGGAACACAAAAAAGACCCGAAAUCCACAGGUGUUAUGGAAGAUUUCUUAGAGAUCUUGGAGAUAAAAGGGAAGCAAUUGAAUGUUUUAAGCGGGCUAUGGAAAUCGACACAGCACAUAAACCUACAAAAAGCUUCGAACAUUUAUUUGAAACGUUUCUUCAAAUGUACGAAGAAGACGUACGCAAUCUUCCGAAUGGUAUCACUGAAAGUGAUGAAGGAAGUGACCAUAGAGUCGAAUUAAGAGUUGACCGAUUAUUGUUCGAGAUAGCUUUCUGGUUCCGAUUUGCUAUAAAGAAAUACAAAGUGUUAGUUUUAAACGAAAAAGACGAUCAUUCAAAGGCUUUUAAAAUACAAAAGCCAGACCAGAAAUUCACAAGAAGUUAUAGUGUCCAGACCGACAUGGGAAUCGUACCGGAAACUAGUGAUAUGAAAGCGAAGGAAGCGGCAAAUCUUUUUGAAAAGCAUACACGCAGAUUUGGUGACGAAUAUAAAACAGCCAUGGCACAUCUUUGUGCUUAUUUUGAAUCAGUUACAGAAAGCUAUUCAGACAGGAUUUCAAAAAUGAUUCAACAAAGUGCUUCGUUUAAAUCAACUGAAGACGUUGAAUGGAACAAAAUUAUGGAAUCUUGGACCAGACGUCGCAGUAAGUUGAGUCAACAUAGCGGAAUAGCAUCAUGUCCAGCUUGUGGAAAUCUAACAAAUAAACUUUCUUAUUCAGAACCUCCCGAAAGAGCCAGAAACGAGAUUUAUACGUAUGAUUUCUACGUCGUGUAUCCUGAAAACCAAAGAGAAUGGGUUCUGUACUCAUUGAUUCAAAAACUUGAAGGUGUCUAUGGUUUUAAAGGCGCCAUUAAUGACAGAGACACAAUACCAGGUGGAAACAUUUUCAAAAGCAUUAGUCAUUUCAUAGAAAACUGCCAUAGAGUUCUAGUGGUUUUAACUAGAGAGUUCUAUCAGGACAGAUGGUGCAUGCACAGUCUAGACUUAGCCGAAUCUCACUCUUACACCAAUAAACGUGACAAUUUCAUAAUUCCGAUUCUCUUGGAAUCAACGGAUGUAUCAGCGGACAGAUUUAGCACUAUUAUCUGUUUAGAUGGAGUGGAAUAUUUUGACUGGGACAAACUAGUUCGUUCAAUUAAUCAAAGAUGAGUUGUUGACAAUAUUUUUUCAGAAUUCUGAAUGUCGAUGCUCUGAAAUCUGAUGGUAUGAUUCUUUAUUAGAUAAAUAAGAAUCUCAAAUAUCUAUAAUACAUUUUGUAAGAUAUAUUUUAUUAUCAAGAUCGCCCACAGUAUUUCUAGAUAAGAUAUGGUAUAUAUUUUAACGGGAGUAUACAUGUAAGAUAGAAUUCCAAAUAUCUGUACUUCAUUAUGUAAGAAAUAUAUUUUUAUUUAAAUUUCCUACUGUGUCUCUAAAGUUGAGAUAUGGUAUAUAUUUGAACGGGAGUAUACAUAUAAGAUAGAGAUUGAGAACAAAAUUGAGAAUCAAGUAUUACAAUAUCAAGUCUGUGUAUAUUUCUAAAUAUAGGUAGGCCUUCUACGUGACGAUUUCAUUGAGGUACAUGUUGUGCAUUAUAUUUCAAAAGUUUAAUUCUGAUACAUGUAAUGAAUACUCUGGUUUCUCAUCUAUCCAAAAUCAAGUGAGCGGCCGAGAAUUGAAAGAAUUUUGCCAGUUUGUCAUGAACGUUAUAUCAAAGGUUUAUACAAAUAUACCUUGGACGAGUUCAAAACCAAUGCCGAUCAUAGUUGGAAACCUUUGGUUUUGCGAAAUCAGAUCAUGCUAUGUCAACAUGCUUGAAACAAACGCGUGCCGUCUUUGUUUGCUCUGAACAGCAUCCAAUUGAAUUUAUGUAUACUUAACUAAGUAUUCAUUAGUUGCCUGUUUGGCUAAUUUAGAAUAUCAUUCACGACAAAACCUUAUAUUUCAAAGUAGUUAUGCUACUCCCUGUGCCUGUGCGUCCAGUCUUGCAAGCACUGUCAAGCCAUUAUUCCUUGUAGAAUUUUUAUGGAAUUUUGGUUUAAAGUUUACACCAGCAAGGUCGCGGACGAGUUCGAUAAUCAGCGCCAAACAACUAUUUUUAAAGGCGAGUUAUGCUCCUUAGAACUUCCAUCAAAGCUAGGAGGGAUUACAAGUUCUGUCAAAUUAAAUAGCUCCCCAAAUUAAACAGAUAUACCAUAAAUGAAUUUAAAAAAAAAUAUCCGGUGAUAAUUUGCCGGGUGCCUGUCCAAGAAAUUCUGACAGUCUGACUUAUAAUUUGUUUGAGUGUUGUGUAACAUGUAUAUUCCACAAUUGUGAUGUGUAUGUAACAUAUGUAACUUGUAUGUUUUCUUUGAAUCAUGAGUAGGAUAGUUUUACAUGUUAGUGUAUUGCAUGAAUUUCGAUAGCAGCUUAAUGUGUCGCUUUAUUACAACGUACACUAAGCUAGUUUGACUCGAGAUUUUUUUCUUACAGAAAAUUUCAAUAAAAAAAAUUUUUGGAUGAAAAUUCUGUAAAAUUAUAUGUCGUAAUGUCGAAACAUUUUGUUCUCUAAAUAUCAAUACAAGAAACGAAACAAAACAUCCCCUCACACAAAAUUUACAUGUAUCAAUAUUCUGACAGAUGUUACAGUUUGAUUUAUAUUGAACAUAACAAAAUACAUUGAAUUUCUUUUAAAAAUUGUUUAUCUGUUUCGUUAUUCUGCUUGAAAUUUUGUUCACACAAAAAUUCAAUAUUGUAAAUCAUAUUUUCAUUAUUAUGUAUUAUGUAUCUUUUUACUGUUGAUCAUUUCAAGUGAACAUCUGUGGGCCGCUUUCUAUCUUUAUUACAAUUAAAGUCGGUAAUAUAUUUUUAUAGGGAAACAUUCAGAAGAAGCAAACAAUUCAUUAAUUACUCUCUUAUUUUGGAUGAUGUUACAGAACUUAAUAAGAAUUAAAUUUGACAUGUUUAAAAUUGAAUUAAAAAAUUGAAAAGUAA